AUGAUCGCAUUUUCGGAUAUUGACGACCUUCUUCUACCCACAGACCCACUGAAUAUUAGACCUGGUAUUAAUGUGGAAAUUCUUAAGACUCUAUUCGCAGAGCAUCCACAAGCGGGAUCACUGCUAUUCGAACAUCGCGACGUACAAUUCCAGUUACCUAGUGAAACACCAAAAACGCUUGCUAAAUUCAACUUCAAUUUCCUCACAGAAUCCAGGCACAAAAUGAACUGCAACGUUUGGAGGAUGAAAACACGAGUUGUUGUAAAUGCAAGUCGAGUUGAUUCCGUAAACAUGCAUGAAACAGGUAUUCAUCGUUUCUCAUAUGUGCAAACGAGAGUACCUUGCCGACAAGCUCACUUCUACCACUUGAGACACAGUCAUUCGACAGUGCCGAACCCAGUAAGCAUCGAUAUGUCAAAUCUAGCGUCUACUUUGAACAGGCAAUGGUAUACCAGGCUCGACACAUUUGAAGAUAUUCGAGAUACUGCUCUUAAUGUAUCCAGUACCGAGUCAUUUGAGGACUUCGACCGUUGCAUGAGUGCCAUCAAUGAUGAGCACUGGACGUUACACGUAAGCCGAUGCCUAACCCCUCACGUGUGCUUUACUCGACUGAAGCGUGAUGUUGACUGUGUUGCCGCCCGAGCCGAAUACGAUUUCUUCCGAUCCGGUUCCGGUUACUUCCUGCAAACCACAAAUGUCACUAUCGCAACGUCAGAUCCAAAUUGUGAAGCUCCCGUACCUCCUAUCACUUCUGGAAACCAUUACUUUGCUCCAUAA